AUUAUUCUCUAACAUCGUGUUGCGUACUCAUGAUGCUGUUUUCAAAGUACAAAGCUAUUUUAUGGGCGAGAUGGCCGAAGUUGAUAAAAGAACUUAAUAGAAAAACGACUCAGGAGAUAAAUUUUGAUAUCCCAUCUAAUGUACUUGAGUGCAUGAUCAAAUACGUUUACGCUGGAGAAGCAGAACUCGUCGGAUAUGAAUUGUUUGAAGAAUUAUCCACUGCUGCCGUGAGAUAUGGACUUCCUAACUUGAGUUCUAUUCCAAAUGUUUCAAAGAAAUGUAGAACUCGCAUUAACGUAAUGCAAAUAUCAUUUGAAUGGCCAGUACAUAAUUUCUCUAAUCUGUCUGUUAAUACAAUACUGUACAAUGUAUUUAUUGUCGAAAUCCUGAAACCCUGCAGAUGGUGUUUACAACUGCAUAUCCGUGAAAACGACAAAAAGGAUAGAAUCUUCGAAAUUUGCAUUGUCCGACCAAACGAUUUUGAAGCCAAGCCGAUUUUCGUUAAAAGCAAGAUAUCUUUCGAUGUAACUAAUUGCUUUGAAAAUGAUCACUUGUUCGAAAAAGAUAAAAAAUGGAAAUGCGCGGAAUUUUCGCCAACCAUUUCCAAAGGUUCACAGGAUGUAUUGCUUCUUAAAUGUGAAUUUAAGUUUUCAGAUUGUAGUCAUUCGUCUGAGACUCUAGAAACUUCUUGUGGCGUUUUAUCUUCUAUAAAGUGCAAUUAUUUCAGCAACAGUCUUCUAAAGUUGUACAAAAGUGGAAACUUUUCUGAUGUUACUUUAGUAGUCGCUUCCAAAACUUUAUCCGCGCACAAGUUUAUUCUGUGUGCCCGAUCUUCAGUGUUUUCCAGAAUGUUCGGAGAUGAAAAUACCAAUUCAGAAAACAGUAAAAUUGAGAUUACAGAUGUCGAUCCCGAUGCUAUGGAUGAAAUGCUUGAAUAUAUGUACUCUGGUCGCUUGGAAAAACCUUUGGAUGAAAGAGCAAUAUAUCUGUAUGCGGCAGCAUUUAAGUACAAUGUUUUUGCUUUCAAAGAAGAGUGCUCGGCUUUUCUGAAAUCAAGUCUUUCUGCUAAGAAUGUCUGUAAAGUUUUCCAAUUAGCCCAUAGUCAUUCUGACGAUGACUUGUACAAGAGUACUUUAAAAUAUUUUUCUGAACAUGCGAAGGACAUUUUCUCAACCGAUGAAUGGAAAAACAUUACUAAAGAAAACUUGUAUGCAAGAGGUUUGGAAAAUUUGAUUGCCAGUAAAAUUAUUUCAAAGUAAUCUAUGUGAAAUUUGACUGCAAAAUUGAAGACUCGUGUUUUGAACAUAGAAUUAUCUAUUUCAACGAAAACUUACAGAGAAAAUCAGAGAUUCUUAUCAAUUAAAUUAAUUUCUCCAUAUGGUAAAUAAAGAAAGAUAAAGAGCAAAUUAUAUAAUGCUAAAUCAUGUCUGCUUAGUGAUUAUUGCGAAAAAUGUGCAAUACAGGGAAAUUUUUAUAAUAUUUGAAAUGUUAGAAGCUUAAGUUUCGUCGACUUCAGGAUAGCAGCUUGCACCUCUUCAAAGACUUCUUCAACGUUACAGUUAGCAUUCACUUCCACAGCUAUGU